AUGUCCUCGCCUUCCACUCAGACACAUCCUUCAAACACGAUUCCCUCCACCUCCGCCCAUCCUUCAUCGUCAACCAUCGACCCCACUACUCAAGAUGCCCCGCGAGGACAGUCCACCACCACCACCACCAGCUCCCCCGAACUCUCCAGUCUUAAGAUAAAGCUAAAAAAUGCCCUUCGUCAAUUCCCAGACUUUCCUGAGCCUGGCAUUCUCUUUGAGGAUAUCAUGCCUAUUUUCGCUGACCCGAUCUUGCACGAGUCGCUCAUCAAAGCUCUGGAGCUACACAUCACACAACACUUUGGAGAGCAAAGGCCUGAAGUAAUCGUUGGCCUAGAUGCACGAGGUUUUCUAUUUGGGCCGUCAUUAGCGCUGCGGUUAGGAGCUGCGUUCGUUCCCGUUCGUAAGAGAGGCAAGCUUCCCGGUCCCACCGUGACUGCUAGUUACAAGAAAGAGUAUGGAGAGGAUUUCUUCCAAAUGCAAAGUGACGGAGUCAAGACCGGCCAGCGUGUGCUCGUGGUGGACGACAUAAUAGCCACGGGUGGCUCCGCAGCCGCAGCAGGCUCACUGGUUAAGCAGCUUGGAGGCACUCUUCUGGGCUACGUCUUUAUUCUUGAGCUAGACUUCUUGAAAGGUCGCGAUAAGCUCGAUGCUCCAGCCAUUACUCUAUUGUCCGGUCAAACCGAGAGCAGCAAAUAA